AUGGUAGAAACUGAUGAUGAAUUGAUGAAUGAGUUCAAGCAGUUCAAGAAUGAAUACAGUCCAGAUAGUACCAGGACCUCGGAUCUUUCGUUAAACAUCAUCUCCUUGCUUUAUCUUAUCAUCGGAUCAAUUGGAUUGCUAGGAAAUAUAUUGGUAGUUGGAGGCGUUAUCUGCAGAAAACCUCUGAGGACGGAAAGGAACCUACUAAUCCUAAACCUAUCAAUAUCUGACCUAUGGCAAUGUGCAGUUACAAUGCCUUUGACCCACUGGGAGAUCAAAUACAGUUGGUGGAGAUUUGGUCCAACAACCCUCCUCUGCAGGUUCUUCUCAUGUAUCAACUCAGUUUCUGUAUUCGUAUCCACCCUUUCCAUCACAGCCAUAGCCAUAGACAGGUACUGGGUCAUUUGUAAUCCGCACUCCAGAUCCCUAACUUUUAAUCAGGGAUUGAUCCUUUUGCCCGUGUUGUGGGCAACAUCCUUCCUCAUGGUCCUCCCUGCUACACUCUACAGGGAAGUGUCUGCUUUAACCCCAAUGGACAUGAGAUCUUCUCUUUGGUUCAGCAUCAAAUCACUUCUAGAUUUGAAUGCUAAAAUUGGUACGAAUAGUAACAGGACAGCAGCCAUUUAUGAGGAUCGACGGGACCUGUGUAUAAACUAUGAAGAAAUGAUGAACACAAGUUAUACUCAAGCUUCCAGCCCGUGUUUCCCGGGACAGAUAAUAAGAAACUCUACCCAAGACGACUGUUGUCAGAUGAAAGUCGAACUGAGCAGAUCAAUCGGCUGUUCAGAUACCAUGCUGUAUACUUGUUCAGAGUCUGUACAUCCAGGAUACAGACUUUUGUAUUCAACCUUGAGUCUUCUGUUCCAGUAUUUACUACCUGGGAUAGCGUUAUCUAUAGCUAACGCAAACAUUUACAGAACUCUGCAAGAUAAAGAGGCAGGAAUUGUGAGAAGGCAAGACGCGGAAAAAAGGAAAGAGGAUAUACUGAGGCUACGUAGAACAAAGAACCUGAUGGUUAUGAUUGGAACCAUAUUUUUCAUCUGCUGGCUUCCAUUGAAUAUAUUUAACCUGGUGUCCGAUAUAUUCUCAUACCUGGAACGCCUUGGAUAUACUAGUAUACUUUUGACACAACUCCUCGGAGCUGAACCUUACAUGAUAAUAUUUGCUGGAACUCAUCUUUGCGCCAUGUUAUGUACAGUUAUAAAUCCUUUGCUGUAUGGAUACUUCAACGAAAACUUCAACAAAGAGUUUAAGAUAAUCUUGCAACAGAUUCUUCACCUGGGAGGUUGUGGCCUGAAUGGUAAUGAGAGAUAAAUGAAAACAAUCCGAGAAAGUAAAGAGAAAUCAGCCUGAACAGAAACAAUGGAGAGAGGAAGGAUGGAGUAGUAGAGAUGGGCUACCAACCCACUUUUACAAACAUUUAAAUUUAAAAUUAAAGUAAUUGGUAAAAUCGUUUUAUUAGAUCAAGUUUGUCAGUUUUGUGUUGAUGUAAAAAAGUGCACAAUGUAAAAACACGUUUAAACAAUUCACUUGCAUUUAUAUAUUUAUCUUAUAUAUGUAUAUAUAUAUAUAUAAAUUUAACCUACACAAACAAAAAAAGUCGUGAAAAUAAGUUUUCCGAAAAUGUUGGCAAAAAUGGUUACACAUUUUGGCAAAUCGAUACUGUAAUACGUCAUUUUUGUGUUUUGUAUAUAUAUUUUAUAAACAAAAAAUCAUUUGAAAAUUUGCGGAAACGAAGGUUCGGCUUCCGAGAAAGUGAUGGAAAUUUUACUAAAAAAGAUUUAUUUGAUAAAAUAAUCGAAAUUUUACAACACUGAAUAUUCGAAAAUGUUAAAACUUUAAUUAAUCACAAAUUCAUAGAUUGUAAAUAUUCUUCUAUUCUAAAUUCUAAAUGUUAUUUGCUCACAAAAUUCCCUUAAACAAUCUUUAAUAGCUACAUGUGUAGGCACAAUUAGAGAUCGACUUUAAGUAAAAAUAAAUUGCAUUCAUCUAACUUUAAAUUAUGAUCAUAUCUGGAUGGCUCCUAUUUAAAUCUCGAGUUUAAGUGAUUUAAUAUAUAAUACUUUAUACCAUAAUAUCAAUAUCUCUGUAAAUCUUUUAAUGCAAAUCCUGCAUUUAAUAUCAAUCUUUAAAAAAAAAUCUUUUGCAAAUCAUUGUGUUUUAAUGAAUGAAAUAGAUUAAUAUCUGUUAAAUUAAUAAAUGUUAAUAACUCCUAACCCUUGGAGGAGAUAUCUUUUUUCCAACAGCUCAGUCUCUCAGUGUUUAAUGAUUAUACCUGUUUAAAAUUAUUCUUAAAGGGACUCUAAGCGUAAUUUGUAGUGAUCCUCCCCUCCAUCGAAAGAUGAAAAUGCCCGAUUUACAUUGGUACCCUUAAAACCUCAAUCUGAUUAAAAAUGUGGAAGAUAUCGUCGCUUUUCUG